AUGCCUUCUAAGGAGAAGCAUAGAUUACCCGUGGGCUUCGGACGUGCCCUCGAAGACACAGCACUUUCUCCACGCGUUGACGUUUACCAGGAUAUCAACGACGAAGAAACAGAUCAUACAUACCACAGUGACAUAGAUGCUGACAUAGAUGCUGACCUGGAUGUUGACCUGGAUGUUGGAUUCCAUUAUUAUGAUAGGCUUUCGCAUUUUAAUUCUAAUUCCAACAACCUCAAAUUUUACUCGGAACCCCCAAAUUCAGGGUUGCAUUCUAACGACACUCCACUAGGCCUAACAAGAAGUGUAGGUGUGCUAAAUCUUUCUCUGGGAGCAAAGACUCAGUAUCAAGAUCAGGAGAGCUUUGCUGACAAUGAUAAUGACAACGAAAGCGAAAAUAAUAAUAAUAACAACAGCAAAGAUAAUGACGACGACAAAGGUAAUGACGACGACGAUGAUAACGACAAAGGCCAAUUGCAUGCACCAGCAAAGCUUCAGGGUGCCCCUAUUCUGUCUUCAACUGCUAUCGGAACAUCAACUAGCUUGAAAAGAACCAUGAGCAAGACAGGCUUCAGCAUAACCUCCCCGUUUUCGAAGAAUCCAUCACAAAAUAAAACUUGGCAUGAUUUUUCCAGCUCGGAAUACACCAACUUAGCUACCGUUAAGACGGCUGAAACAAGUAACCAUUCCUUUUCUGAGGCUAAACCAGACCCAGCAGCGUUCCAAUCAUCUGGUUUGAUAUCGAAAAUGAAACAGAAAGUUCUUCCCAAGAAGCUGACCAUCCCAGAUACGCCAAUGAAAAAGUCUCCAUUGGUCACGAGACACUCUGACAACGAACUUCUUGGUACCCCAAUAUUAGAAUAUUCAUCAAUUAUGUCCGCUCACAAUCACACAACACUUCCAACAAUGCAUGAAUCUCAACUCUUCAAAUCCCCUCCAAUGAUAAAUACAUUUCCACCUUCUUCUGAUAACUCUCCAACUAGCUCUUCUAAUCCUAGGUCGAAGAAGAGGACCAAAAUCGUAAAGAACACAGAACUAACUUCCAUGCUGCGACAGAUUACCGAUGAUCUAUACGGCCAUGACCAAGAGAGCUCUAUUUUUUCACACUCACAAUCUAAAGACGCACUUCAGACUCCUACCAAGACCUCGUUCGAUAUUGGUCCUGAUUCGCCUGCUCUCAUUCCAAAACUCCAGAAGGAACCUCUGUUUUCGUCGCAACCUUCGCAACACAGAACCAUUAAUGCAAGCAUAAUGAGGAAUCCUGAUUUCCAUUUGACAACGAAAUUUAGCAAUGUUUCCAUUAUGGGUAAAGGUCAAUUUUCUACGGUAUAUCAGGUUACCUUUCCAGGCACAGGUCUCAAGUAUGCUAUCAAAAGUGUACGACCAACAAAGCAUAACUUUACCAAUAGAAUUUUGCAGGAAAUUAAUAUGCUAUCCACCAUUCAAGAUUCUAUCACUAACGAUUCCGAGGGAAAAGAAUACAUUAUUGAAUUUAUCUCCUCAUGGUCUCACAAAGGUUCCUUCUAUAUAAUGACUGAGUUCUGUGAGAAUGGCAAUCUAGACAAUUUUAUUCAAGAGCACGUUAUCGCAAAGCAACAGAGACUGGAGGAUUGGAGGGUGUGGAAAAUUAUUGUUGAACUUUGUCUAGCAUUAAGAUUUAUCCAUGACUCUUGCUCUAUUGUACAUUUAGAUCUCAAACCUGCAAAUGUAUUGAUUACUUUUGAAGGUAAUUUGAAGUUGGCUGAUUUCGGAAUGGCUACUAAGUUACCCAUCAAAGAUAAAAGUUUUGAGAAUGAGGGUGAUCGUGAGUAUAUCGCUCCAGAAAUUAUAAGUGACGGAAUAUAUGAUUUCCGGGCAGAUAUAUUCUCUUUAGGACUCAUGAUGGUCGAAAUUGCUGCAAAUGUUAUACUUCCAGACAACGGAAGCGCAUGGCAUAAAUUAAGAUCCGGAGAUCUAUCCGAUGCCGGUAGACUUAGUAGCACGGACAUACAUUCUAGUUCUCUAUUCUCAAACAAGAAAGAUCACACAAAUAUAACCGAUAUUACAACGAGCGAUUCAAAGAUACCAGCUUGGGUACCGAGAUUUCUUCUGGAUGGUAUGUCACUAGAAAAAAUGAUCAGAUGGAUGAUCGAACCGGAUUACAGAGAUCGUCCUUAUGCAUCUGAUCUGUUACGCACAGAAGAAUUAGAAUACGUUGAGAUGACAAGAAAAACAGGAGCCGUAAUUCAUGAAGAUGACUAUGGUCCCAAACCAGAAUUCUUUUCUUAG